AUGAAAGGUGAUAGCAGCUCACCAAAAAUAUCAUACUUCUGGGCGAUACUGUGUGGUCUUCUUAGUUCUAGCUGUUGCGUUAUUCAGCUAAUCUUGAAUAUAUUUUCCGUUGGCUGCGCUGGAUUCAGUCUUCUUACACCUUAUCGACUAGUGUUUCUUAGUUUCACUGCAAUCUUGAUAACCACUACAAUAUUUCAAUAUGGACUUCUGUCCAAGAGGACAUUAAUAACAAUUUUUAUUUCAGUGCUAUUAAGCAUUUCUCCUGAAGUCGUGUCGCGUUAUAACCAAAGCAACAUUUCCAGCAUGCCUAUGUCAGAUUAUUCAAAUAAACAAGUAGAAAUCUUUGUUCUCCAAAUUAAUGGUAUCAGCUGUGAAGGAUGCGCUAAUCGAAUAAAGAAUCAUUUUGAUGCACAACCUCACGUUAUUUAUUCAAAGGUUUAUUUUAAAAAUCAGUCCGCAAUAAUCGGCACUUUUCCCGGGAUUUAUGAAGCAAAGGAUGUCUUGACAUGGGUCAAGAUGAUAGAUUUCAAAUAUGAUGGAAAAGUUAUUCAACAAUAUAUUGUAUCUAAGGAAGAUUAA